AAAUUGUUCUUUUUUAUGUCUAUCUGUCUAAUCUCUCUUGUUAAACGCGGCCUGCACUUGCUUCCUUUGUACUCUCCAUAUCUCCAGCCGUACGAAGAGACAAGGAAGAGACAUACGUGGCCGUUCAAACUAAAAAUACUUUUUUUGCCACAGGAAAAUGAAGAUUUGGAAAAUCGAAUCUCUGAUGAAUUGGAUCAGCAGGAAAGUCUUUUGUCCGCUGAGGAUCUGCAAGGUGACAUGAUGCCGAGAACAAGACGUAAAUGUGUUAUCAUGCGUGAACAGGCUAAGAAGAAAAAAGAAUGGUGGGAAGAGGAAGGGAUUGGGUCUGAUCUAGAAGACGACGAAGACAUAGAUUCUGACAGUUCCGACGGUCCAAGACGACGAAAAAAGAAGCCCAAACUCAUGAGACCAGCAGACCCCCCCGGACCCAUGAAUAGAACGUACGUAUUCUCUACURUCCUAGCUAACCGUGCAGCCGAGGCCGUACAGCAAGGAAGAGUCGAGAGCAUCGUUUCUUUUCACCGUGCACAGCARACUACCUCUCCUUAUUUACGAUUAGAGAAAGGACGGACAUUCGAUAAAAACUACGAUCAACAAAAAGCGUAUUUUUCACAAGGAUAUCAGCAGCCCGGCAUGGGGGCAAUGAUGUCUCGGGGAUAUGGAAGAAUACCCGGUAUGCUCCCUGAUGGUAAUACGGGAUCCGGUGGUCGUGGUGGGUAUAAUCCUGGUCAAUGGCAGCAAUUUCAAAUGCAGCCGCCUUACAUGAAGGAGCGUCAGCAGCGUCAGCCCGUCGAUGACUUGAGUCAAAUAUUAUUUGGAGGUGCCGUGAAUGGAAAUGGUCAAAACCAASCAGCCCCGGGAUCGUUCACCCAAAGGCCCGGUAUGUCGGGACAGCAAUAUGGGUAUCCUCAACGAAUGGGRUCCCAACAACAACCAUAUCAAGACAGUCGUGUCCAGGAAGGAUACCGUCAACCAUUCCAGCAAGGCUAUAACCAACAACAGCAAUACUUCCAAAGACCGAGGAACCUUCCUCAGCUUCAUUCUCCAGGAGGUCAAUCUCCCUCGUCUGAUCCACUGGGUGCUAACGUUCGUUCCCCGCCACCGCCCUACCCAGGGGCACGAUCGGGGGAAAGCAGACCACCACACCACAUGGGAAAUAGUCCGGCAGCWGUACCCUCCCCUACGAGUACWGGAUCUCCACAAACACCACUGACGCCUCACACUCCAAGAUUCCCUGGCGCUGCUCCUUCGCCUGGAGAACCUUCAAAACCRCCCUUCUCGCCAACCAAUCCUCAACAGUCGAACUAUUCGGCCGGUACUUUUCCUGGAGCRCAACGACCCGGUAGCGAAAGUAGUGGAUCGGAUACCGGAGGGGAAGGACGGGGUUUUGUAGACUUAGGCAGUAAAGGAUAUCAGAAUGCUACGUCUUCUCAACCACAGAGUUACCCUGGAAUGGGAGAAAACAAUCAAGAUAGUUCCCUUCAGUCGCCGACAGAACCUCGCACGAUGGGCACGAACAAAAGCCCUUUUCUAGCUGCGACCCAAGGAAUGAGUUCAAUCCCUGCUUCCAUGCCUAAAUCGUUUUCUGUAGAGAGUCUAACUGCUCCCAGUGUACCUUCGGACCACGCCGGACAUCCCCUAGCCCCCGAACAACAGAUGGGACCGUACAGCGGUAUCUACUACCAGACCAAAUACCAACCACCUGCAAUGUAUGGCGGUCAGCGGUAUCAGUACCCCUCGACGAUACAACACACUGGAUCGUUAUACAAUCCACAGCUUUCAUCCAAUAUGUAUUUUGAUCGAGGCUCAAUGCCAGUUUACCCCCCCGGAAGAGAACCAGGUUUAUAGGCAAGCAUUAAGGGGUCAGGGGGAGUGAAUCUCACGGUCGUCUAUAUAUAUUCUGGCCACCGUAGUUAGGCUGCGACGAAGGUUUUUUUCUGGGAAGUCGUGGCUUAUUUUUUGAAGUGUAUUCAUCGUACAGGAUUUUGGAAGUGGUCAUCUCCUUUGGAGGUUUAUUUAUCACUCAUUCGUAGUCUACAAUGGCGUUUUAGUUUUAUCAAUAUGCCUGCGUCUGUACUUUUUAUUUCAAAGGACAUUAUACGAAUACUGAACGGUAACUGGAGAAGUCCAGAGCUGUGUUUUAUAUCGUUGGUUGCCAACUACACUUGGACCGUUUUUUUUUAUUACAGCACUAGUGUAUCCGCUGUCCAUUUGUAAAGAAGGCUCGGAUAUAUCCGCUGUUCACUUGUACUGCAGACUUUUGUAUGUCUACUUCCAGUUGUAAUUCAGACUCUGGUGUAUCCGCUGCCUGAUGGUUAAUGCAGACUCAAUUAAGUGGGUUAUGUUAAAACCCUUGUUCACAUUCAUUCACAUCAAUUCUCGUCGUUAAGUUUAAGACAAGAUUUUAAUUUCAGACUAAAAUUUCUUAGUGAUUUGGUUGCUUGUCGCUAUUCAUUUUAUGAAGUCUAGUGCCAAGCUUUGUACUUUUAUAUGAUGUAAAAUUGCAAUCGCUUUUUAUUAGUACAUAUGGUAGAUUCUAUUCUUUUUGUUAUUCCAUAAAAUGCCCAAAUAAGGGCAGUUCUAAUUUACGUAUUAAUGCCCAUGACGUCAUUACAGUCAAUGUCUUAAAGCUGAUACCACGGUAUUUGGUGUCAGCGUUCAACUCACAUUGAAACGAUUUGGUAAUUUGACGAAACAAGUAAAAACUAUUUCAAAUGUAAGAGCAAGUACUAGGAAAAAGAUUUUUGUAACCAAUUUAUACUUAAAGAGUUUUAUACCAAGCUCACUUAUAAAGUGAAUGGGCAACACCUUCUAUCAAAUUUUGGACUUCCUGUGUAAUUCUCCUUAGUCUAGUCGCCAGCUUUUGGCUCCGAGAAUACACAGGGAGCCCAAACMCUGAGUUGARAGCUCUAUUCUCGCUUUAUAAUGAGCUAUGGUAUUAUAAGUUUUAACGAAUGUCUAUGAAGGGGGAUCGGUGAAUUCAUUGGUCCAAUAAAUGUCCAAUCUAAUGUUAUGUGUAUCUUGAAUAUAAAAGGUUGUUUUAAUUAAACUAACCAGAAGAAAUCUUGUA